AUGAACAUUUUUCGGUUUUGCGGGGACAUGCUCCACUUGUUGAGCAUCUUUCUCCUCGUCCUCAAACUGCAGAAGUCGAAGAGCUGUAUUGGUAUAUCGUGUAAGAUGCAAGAGAUGUACGCCAUGGUCUUCAUCUUCCGAUACAUCGACCUCCUCUGGCUGUACGUGAGCCUUUAUAAUAGUGUGAUGAAAUUGGUCUUCAUUACUCUUACAUUGCAUCUGGUUUACACUAUGAAAUUCAAACGAGGACCUGUUAAACAGACGUAUGAUGCUGCUGCUGAUAACUUCAACUAUGUCAAGUGGCUGCUUCCUCCGUGUAUCAUCCUUACUCUCAUCACUACUGCCGAUUACUCUAUUGCUGAGAUACUAUGGACCAUGUCGAUUUGGAUUGAGGCAGUUGCCAUUUUGCCGCAAUUGUCACUGUUGCAGCGCCAGAGGGAGGUAGAAAAUUUGACGAGUAACUUCGUAUUCGCCAUGGGAGCGUAUAGAGGCUUCUACAUAAUCAACUGGAUUUACCGCUACUUCACAGAGGGAUAUGUGAAUUGGGUCGGCUGGGUCGGAGGAGCCAUCCAAGUGGCAUUGUACUGUGACUUUUUCUACUAUUUUGCAAUGAGCAAGUGGUAUGGCCAGAAGCUCAUCCUGCCCAUGGCUGAGUAGGAGGCAGCAAAAGACUGAUAUAGGCUGGCUCAUCGAGGCUUGAUGAUACUCCCUUGCUGAUAGUGAUGUCGAAGCCGUUUGGAGAGGACUGUGAUUGCUUGUGAUGCUCGCGGCCUCUUUUGCUAGUCCUGUAUCAUUGUAAA